GCACAGCCGCGCUGCCGGUGCCGGAUCCGGACCCGCCUCCGCUUCGGGGGUCCCGCACCCCCCGAGGGGGCAGCGCACCGGGGUAGGGGGGGCUCGGCCGCCCCUGCCCUGCAGCCGCCCCAGCGCUCCCUUUGUUGGUGCUUCCCAUUUCCUCCCCAUCUUUUCCUUUCUCUCCGGCAGUUUUGGUUUAAUUCCGGCUGCUGGAGGGGCUCGGGUGGGGUUUUCUCCCCCUUUUUUUUUCCCCCCUCCUCCAUCACAUUUUAACUCAGCCUCGACCCGCCGCCGCUCGGGCCCGGGGGGUGUGAUUCCCUCCUUGGAGAGAAAUCCGUAAGUCUGCCCCAAGUUUUGCAAUUCCUGCGAGAAGCAGCAGCCGCCGCCGUCCCCGACAACCUGCAGCCUGCCCGGCCGUCGCUCCCGCAGCGCCCUGGGAAAAUCCAACGUCCAAACCCUAACCCAGACCGCAAGGUGAGGGAGAGGAGGACGAGGCACGGCUUCGGAUGGAGCUGGAGAAUAUUCCCGAGAAAGCCCCGCAGGUCCUGCUAGCGAGUCAUGAUGGUUGAAUCUGCCUCGGAGACGAUCCGUUCCACGCCCUCGGCGCAGAACGGGGUGAGCAGCCUGAGCAAUCAGCCCGAUGGCGGCGGCAGCGGGGGCGGCCCCGGGGGCGGCGGCCGCGACGGAGCCGCCGGAGCCGAGGCCAACGGAGAGAUGAGCCCCGUGGAGCUCCUGCACUUCCAGCAGCAGCAGGCUCUGCAGGUGGCUCGGCAGUUCCUGCUGCAGCAGGCCACGGGGCUCAGCUCCCCCAGCAGCAACGAGGGCAAGCAGCCAGCAGUGCAGGUCCCCGUGUCCGUGGCCAUGAUGUCCCCGCAGAUGAUCACGCCGCAGCAGAUGCAGCAGAUCCUGUCCCCACCCCAGCUCCAGGCCCUCCUGCAGCAGCAGCAGGCAAUAAUGCUGCAACAGCUGCAGGAAUACUACAAGAAGCAGCAGGAGCAGCUUCACCUGCAGCUGUUGACCCAGCAGCAAGCCGGAAAGCAGCAACCCAAAGAGCAGCCGUUGGGGAACAAGCAGCUGGCCUUCCAGCAGCAGCUCCUGCAGAUGCAGCAGCUCCAGCAGCAGCACCUGUUAAACCUGCAGCGCCAGGGCCUGGUGAGCCUCCCGCCGGGGCAGGGCACGGUGCCCCUGCAGAGCCUGCCCCAAGCUGUUUGUCCCUCAGACCUCCAGCAGCUCUGGAAGGAGGUCACGGCCACCCAGCCCGUGGAGGACAGCAUUAAGCAGGAAGGUCUUGACCUCACCACCAACACCUCCAACUCUACCUCGUUUUCGGCCGCCAAGGUCUCGCCUCCCAUUUCCCACCACCCUCUGCCCAAUGGACAGAGCACCAUGCACACGCCCAGAAGGGACAGCUCUUCCCACGAAGAGACCCCCGGCUCCCACCCGCUCUACGGCCACGGAGAGUGCAAGUGGCCUGGCUGCGAAACCCUCUGUGAGGACCUGGGGCAGUUUGUCAAACACCUCAACACAGAACAUGCACUUGAUGACCGGAGCACGGCCCAGUGUCGAGUCCAGAUGCAAGUGGUACAGCAGCUGGAGAUACAGCUGGCCAAGGAGAGUGAGCGCCUCCAAGCAAUGAUGGCCCAUCUCCACAUGAGACCGUCAGAGCCAAAGCCUUUCAGCCAGCCUGUAAGCCUGAACCUGGUCUCCAGUGCCAGCCUCUCCAAGAGCACUUCUGACACGUUUCCUGACGGUUUACCUCAUCCCCCCACCUCGGCCACGGCGCCCAUCACCCCCCUGCGGCAGGGCCCCUCCGUCAUCAGCUCUUCCACUUUACACAACGUGGGGCCCAUCCGCAGGAGGAACUCGGACAAGUUCUGCACGCCAAUCUCUUCAGAGCUUGCACAGAAUCACGAGUUUUACAAAAACGCCGACGUCCGGCCGCCCUUCACGUACGCCUCGCUCAUCCGGCAGGCCAUCCUGGAGACCCCCGACAGGCAGCUAACGUUGAAUGAAAUCUACAACUGGUUCACGCGGAUGUUCGCCUACUUCCGGAGGAACACGGCCACCUGGAAGAACGCCGUGCGCCACAACCUGAGCCUGCACAAGUGCUUCGUGCGCGUGGAGAACGUCAAGGGCGCCGUGUGGACCGUGGACGAGCACGAGUACCAAAAGAGAAGGCCACCAAAGAUGACAGGGAGUCCCACCUUAGUCAAAAAUAUGAUUUCAGGACUCGGUUAUGGAGCACUUAAUGCAAGUUACCAGGCUGCACUGGCAGAGAGCAGCUUCCCCCUGCUCAACAGCCCCACCAUGAUCAACACCAGCUCGGCCAGUGCCAUGCUGCACGUGGGCCACGACGACGUCAGCAGCACCGUGGAGCAGGUCAACAGCAACGGCAGCAACAGCCCCCGCCUGUCCCCGCAGCAGUACAGCCACCCCGUGCACGUGAAGGAGGAGCCAGCUGAGGCAGAGGACGACAGCAGACCCGUGUCACUGAUGGCCACCACCAACCAGAAUGUGACGAUCCCCGACGACAGGGACCUGGAGGAGGAGCUGCCGGUGGAGGACUUGUCCUAAGGACUCCUUCCUCCUCCCCCACGCAGGGGCAAACCCUUCCCACCCUCCUGGACGGAGACCAAGCCACGCUCCCACCUCCCCAAGGUGACCUUGGCGUUAUCCUGGUUCUUUCAAGGCACUUCCACAAAGCAAAAGGGUUUUCCUUGGGACGAUGACAAUGACAAUGGCACCAACCUGUUGCUGCUGGCGUGUCCCUCACGCUGCCACUGCCCGCGGACGGACUGGCCCCGCCACGACAUGGAAGCAAAACCCCGAGAGCUGGACUUUUCCUGCCCUCCUCCCUUGGUUAGUGACUGGUGGACGAGGAUGGUAGGUCGGUUGCUCCUGUCCAAAAUGGUCCCUCCUUCCUUCCUGCAGGGAAGGCACCUCCAUGCCCUGUCCCUGAGCUCUGGGGAGCCAUGGCAGGGCCCUGCUGUCACCUCUGUGUCCCCCAGUGGGUUUUGCACUACGGAGGGCUCGUGGACCCUGCCCACGUGCUGCCUCCACCCAGCUUUGGGGGAAGAAACAGCAGAAACGGGGCUGAACCCUGUGCAGGGCGUGGGGUUUGGCACGGAGCUGGGACGGACACAAAGCAGCGCGGUGGGGGGGACGGUGUCCCCUUGUCACCUCUGCGGGGCAAGCAGAGCAGCCUCCAGGCUUGGCCACCCUCCCUGAGCCCCAGCUGGUGGGGGGCUGCUGGCCCCAGCUGUGCUGAGCACCCCCAAUAGUGCUGACCACCCCAAUAGUGCUG